AUGCGGCACGCUGAGCGCCGAGCAGCUGCUGGACACCUCCGACGGCGUGACCCCCCCCCCCCCCCCUCCCCGGUUGUGUCCAACAUUCUGCAGACGCUGUGGCCACACCUGCCGCUGGCCGUUUGGGACGAUGUGGCCGUCCUGACGCCCUGGGACCGCUACCGCGCCUUUGGCGAUGUCGCGUUCUUGUCCCGCCAGUACGAGAGCAUGGUCGCCUGGAUCGACCGCGGCGUGCCCCGCGGCGCCGACGGUCUCUGGCUAUCGACACAGCCGCCAGCUUGGCGACUGGCUCGACCCGACCACACCGCUCGACAAGCCCCAGGACACGCGCUCCAGCGGCGCCCUUGUGGCUGGUGCGCACCUUGUGCGCGUCAGGGCGCCACCACCAUCUGGGGGCGCUGGGACAACAUUCUGUCCGACGGCAGCAUCGACCCGGGUGUGACGACGAGCUUCAACCAAGACUCCCUGGGGCUCCGUCAUCCACUGGCUGCACGAGAGCGUCGCCGGUGUGCGCUGCGUGCGUCCUGGCUGGCGCACCUUUGCCGUCAGCCCCACCCCGGGCGGCACCACUUUGAGAGCACUUGGAGCAACCUGACGGCGUGGCCGCCGGCGCCGAUCAGGGGACAAUUUGAUUCAGACGAUGGGAGGACACGAUUGCGUAGGGCGGAGGAGGCACGCAAGGCAAACAACAUCGGUUUUGCUGCCCGAAUUGCCCGAAUAAUCCGUCGGGAGUAA